AUGAAUAAUUUAAUUAAAGGUAUUUCAAAUGUAACAUUAAGAUGUGUUUCACAAACAUCAGCAACAUCAACCUCAUUAUUUUAUAUACCAAGUAUUACAAGAUGUUUAACAAAAAAAUGUUAUGGUAAUAAAUCAACAACAAUUUUAAAUAGUAGAAUUAAUAAUAAUAACAAUGUCAAUAUUAGACAACAAUCAACAACAGCAGCAAGUACAAAUAUUUUUCAACAAGCAUUAAAAGAAACUAAACAAGAACAAGGUGAAGAGAAAGUUAAAGUCGAAGAUAAUAAAAUAGUUAGAGUAUCACUCCAAAAAUUAGGUUAUAGUGAAUGGAAAUUAAUGGCAUUAUUCAAAGCACUUAGUGGUCUAAGUCUUAGAGAAGCCAUGGCUCAAUUAUCAUUCACUGAACACAGUCCAUCAAAAAAACUUAGAGGUCUUAUUAAACAUGCUGCACACGUUGCAGAGAAUAUUAAAGGAAUGGAUCCAGAACGUUUAAUUAUUAGUCAAAUUUGGGCAGGUCGUUCAUUUUACAAAAGAAGUAUUAUGUGGAAAGGUAGAGGCCAAGGUUCUACUAUUCGUAAACCAUUCUGUCAUGUCUCUGUAGAAAUUAAAGAAUCAGAAUUUAAAGAUGGUGAAAAGAAAGUUGGUAAAUUUGGUAAAACUAAUAAAACUUUCUCUAAAUAUGAUGGUAAUUUUGAUCAUACUAAAGAAUAUUAA